AUGAAACAAAAGAAGGCAUUUGGAACAAACACAUAUCCUCGAAAAAAUACAAGGAGUUUCUGGAAAUUUCUCUGGGAAGCUUGUCAAGAUAUUGCUAUGAUCAUUUUGACGGGUACAAAGGAGGGUUGGUAUGAUGGGGGCAGCAUUGCUAUUACAGUUCUUGUCAUCGUUAUUAGAGCCAUAAGUGAUUACAUACAAUCUCUUCAGUUCCAGAAUUUAAAUGAAGAAAAGAGAAACAUACAUUUAGAGGUCAUUAGAGGUGGCAGACGAGUUGAGGUCUCAAUUUAUGAUUUUGUUGUUGGUGAUGUUGUACCCCUUAACAUCGUUGAUCAGGUCCCUGCUGAUGGCAUUUUAAUAAAUGGUCACUCACUUGUGAUAGAUGAGUCAAGCAUGACUGGAGAUCACAACAUUGAUUAUAUAUUCAGUUUCUGGUACUUUGUUUGUCUAGAGUCAGUCAAGAACUUAUCUGAAUUUCUUGUAAACAAUGUUGGGAUUAAUACCAAAUGGGGAUUUCUCAUGCCUAGUAUUUCCGAAGAUACAGGUGAAGAAACCCCUUUGCAGGUGCGCUUAAACGGGUUAGCUUCUUUCUUUGGAAUUGUCGGACUCAUAGUAACUGAUGUUGUCUUGGUUGUCCUAUUGGUCGUCAUUUUAGUGGUUGGAGUUCCUAAAGGGCUUCCUUUAGCUGUCACCCUGAUCACUCUCAUACAGAGCAGCAGCAGUGAUGGGGUCGAAAUUGGUGUUCUCGUGCACUUCCUUUGUGUUAAAAUCACCACCAUUAUCAUCAAGGCACGGUAUGAGAUGACACGGGAUGAAGGUCAUCUCGGUGUCAAUCCCAAAUAUGGGAAUCAUGAUGGGAUGACACAGAUUUCAUGUCUCCUUGUUGUUGAAAAAAAUAAUGAGAUUUUGAUGAAAAACCAUCAUUCCCACCCAAUUGGCUCAAAACCAUUUCCUCAAGAAAAUGCAAAUGCAUCAUUCCCUGAAGCGAAUACAAGCAAUCAUAGUCGUGGUCGUGGUCGUGGUCAUGGUCAUAGUCGUGGUCGUGGUUGUGGUUGGGGUCGUGGUUAUGAUUGUGGUCAUGGUCGUAGUCAUGCUUGUAGUCAUGCUCGUGGGUAUCCAAAUAGCACUCUGAUCCAGAGCAGCAGUAGUGAUGAGGUCGAAAUUAGUGUUCUCGUGCACUUCCUUUGUGUUAAAAUCACCACCAUUAUCAUCAAGGGGAAUCAUGAUGGGAUGACACAGAUUUCAUGCCUCCUUGUUGUUGAACAAAAUAAUGAGAUUUUGAUUAAAAACCAUCAUUCCCACCCAACUAGCUCAAAACCAUUUCCUGAAGAAAAUGCAAAUGCAUCAUUCCCUGAAGCGAAUACAAGCAAUCAGGGCCGUGGUCGUGGUCGUGGUUGGGGUCAUGGUCAUGAUCGUGGUCGUGGUCGUGGUCAUGGUCGUGGUCGUGGUCGUGGUCGUGGUCAUGAUCGUAGUCAUGCUUGUAAUCAUGCUCGUGGAUGUGGUCGUGGUCAUUAUAAUUUUCGAAAUUGA